UGUUCUUGGUCCGACGUGAACAACUUCCAUCGACUCGGCACAGAAAACGUUGUCUUGUAACUCUUUGCUCGCAUUCUUUCACACGACUUUUGCAUUUCCUUCACGGCUUCACCUUCUUUUCAACUUCCUGCAAUCAAUCUCCCACACUCCUCUCUCUCUGUGUCGAUAAAUACAUUAAAAGGGAGACGCACAGAAGAAGCUGUUCUGGGAGCUCUGAUGAACCCAAUUUCCGUAGUUUCUGCUUCUGCUUCUGCUUCUGUCAUCCAAAUGGCCACCUUUUUCUUAGCGCCAAACUACGUCCUGGGCAGCUCUUCUGAUUGCGGGCACACCCUUCAGUUCCGUUCCAACAAUAAUUCCAGAAGCGGACAACUUUAUCAUAGAAAAUGGCACGGAAGCCGAGGUGGGAUUUCUGUCAGUCGUGGAUUUAGAGUGUUAUGCCAGUCCAAGACAGAAGAAAAGCAGAUACGAAGGCAUUCACCUUUCCUGGAACGUGUGUUACUAGAUGAUAAUGAUGCUUCAGAAUCUGAUAGGUGGAAAGCAGUUCCUGAUAUUUGGAGAUCUUCAGCUGCGAAAUAUGGUGACCUAGUAGCAUUGGUGGAUCCCUAUCAUGACCCACCUUCGAGUAUAACUUAUAAACAGCUUGAGCAGGAAAUUUUGGACUUUGCUGAAGGGAUGAGAGUUGUUGGAGUAAAGCCAGACGAAAAAAUUGCACUGUUUGCUGAUAAUUCAUGCCGUUGGCUUGUUGCUGAUCAAGGUAUAAUGGCCACUGGAGCAAUCAAUGUGGUGAGAGGUUCGAGGUCAUCAGUCGAAGAGUUACUGCAAAUAUACAAUCAUUCUGAUAGUGUUGCGCUUGCUGUGGACAGUCCUGAGUUGUUCAAUCGGAUAUCAGAAGAAUUUUGUUCCAAGGCGAUGAAAUUUAUUGUUCUGCUAUGGGGGGAGAAGUCAAGCCUGAAAAAUGAAGGAAAGGUUCCUAUUUUCGACUACAAGGAGAUUCUAGAUUUGGGACGAGAGAGUCGCAAGAGUUUGCUUGAUUCUGAUGAUAAACAACAGUCUGAUACGUAUGAAGUUAUUAAAUCGGAUGAUGUUGCUACAUUAGUAUAUACGAGUGGAACAAGUGGCAACCCAAAAGGUGUCAUGCUCACACAUAGGAAUUUGUUGCAUCAGAUAAAGAACCUAGGGGAUGCUGUACCUUGUGUAGGUGGCGACAAAUUUCUUAGCAUGCUUCCACCAUGGCAUUGCUAUGAACGAGCUUGUGAGUAUUUCGCUUUUACGUGUGGAGUUGAGCAAUUUUACACCAGUGUGCGGAAAAUGAAGGAUGAUUUGCGAAAAUAUCAGCCAACCUAUAUAAUUUCAGUUCCUUUAGUGUAUGAGUCACUUUACAGCGGUAUUCAGAAACAAAUUUCAUCCGCGUCUACUGUUCGUAAGCUUAUUGUGCUUACAUUCAUAAGGAUCAGUAUGGCGUACAUGGAGUUUAAGAGGAUCUAUGAGGGAACGUAUCUGACGAGGAACCAGAAGCAACCUUCGUAUCUUGUUUCAGUAGCAGAUUGGUUAUGGGCGCGAAUAAUUGCUGCGUUAUUAUGGCCUUUGCAUGUGCUGGGAAAGAAACUAGUCUACAGUAAAAUUCAAUCCGCCAUUGGAAUAUCAAAGGCCGGCAUCAGUGGAGGAGGUUGUCUGCCUUCACAUGUUGAUAAAUUUUUCGAGGCAAUUGACGUGAAACUGCAGAAUGGAUAUGGUUUAACAGAGACUUCUCCUGUUGUUGCUUCUCGACGAUCAAAUUUUAAUGUUAUUGGUUCUGUUGGGAUACCAAUUCGACAUACUGAGUUCAAAGUCGUAGAUUCUGAAACCGGUGAAGUUCUUUCUCCUGGUUUGAGCGGAAUUCUGAAAGUUAGGGGACCUCAAGUGAUGAAGGGAUACUACAAGAAUCCAGGCGCUACAAAGAAAGCAUUGGAUGACGAUGGGUGGCUAGACACUGGAGACAUUGGUUGGAUUGCUCCUCACCAUUCAAUAGGGCGAAGUCGUUGUUGUGGAGGGGUGGUUGUUCUUGAAGGACGUGCCAAGGACACUAUCGUUCUUUUAACAGGGGAAAACGUUGAACCGGUAGAGAUUGAGGAAGCUGCCUUGAGAAGUAGUCUAAUUCAACAAAUUGUUGUCAUCGGCCAGGAUCAGCGACGCCUUGGGGCAAUUGUUGUUCCAAACAAAGAAGAGGCUUUACUCGCAGCCAAAAAGUUGGCUGCUGUAGAUGCUGCUGAUGCCUCCGGCCUAAGCAACGAUAGAUUGACAAGAUUGGUUUAUGAAGAGCUGAGAAAAUGGACUUCAGGGUGUUCAUUUCAAAUCGGACCGAUCAUAAUCGCGGACGAACCCUUUACGAUUGACAGUGGCCUAAUGACUCCAACCAUGAAAAUUCGACGGGACCGAGUCGUGGCUCAAUACAAAGAACAAAUAGACAACCUUUUCAAGUAAACCAACACACUUGUAUCGAUUUUUCCAUGCGCAUGGAUCACAUUUAUCAUAGUAAAAAAACUCUUCAUCAAAAUUGUGUUGCUUUUAUAAGAUAGAAAUUCUUUCAAAUAAUGAAGGGUGGUUCCACAAGAUUCCCCAUGA